AUGACCUGCACAGGAUGCGUCAGGAAAUUGGGCAACGUGAUGUCCUCUAUCGACGGAGUAUCAUCUCAUCAAGUCACAUUUGUCACGGAAACGGCGGAGUUCGACCUUGAUACCGGCGUCGUCGCGUCCCAGGAUGUGAUCUCACGCAUCGAGAAAGAAACUGGAUUCAAGUGUAGCAGAUUAAUCAGUGGCCAUCAGAGUCUCGACGUUGUGAUGUCAUUUAAUCUCGCAACAAGCUACGAAGCCUGUGCCAGUCCUGGCAUCAUUUCCGUGGAGAAGCUCAAGAAGCAGAUGUAUCGCAUCACCUACGAUCCUCGGAUUGUUGGAGCACGGUGCAUCAUCGAGCCCGGGAUGCAACUGGCGCCACCGGUAGGUGAUGUUGGCGUGUCUGAAGGCAAGAAGAGGCUGCGAAAGAUGCUCAUCGCCACGAUUGUAUCGGCCGUCUUCACAAUUCCGGUCGUGAUACUCAACUGGUCUAACAACCCCAUACCUAAGCAGACGGUUCAGAUCAUCUCUCUCGUCCUGGCAACAGUGGUACAGGCCAUUGCUGUGCCGGAAUUCUACGUUGGAGCGAUCAAGUCUCUGGUGUACAGUCGAGUCAUCGAGAUGGACAUGUUGGUGGUCUUGAGCAUCACAGCAGCAUAUCUGUACUCUAUCGUCGCCUUUGGUCUGGCGGAAGCUGGAUUUGAGCUGGAGCAGGAAGCUUUCUUCGAGACCAGUUCGUUGCUCAUCACUCUAGUAUUGUUUGGUCGGCUUAUGGCGGCCUACGCUCGCGUGAAGGCUGUCACAGCUGUGUCUACGCGGUCCUUGCAGGCCGAUACUGCGCAACUGGUGGAGAAAGACAACACAGUCAUUGUGGAUGCUCGGCUACUUCACUUCGGCGACAUGGUCAAGAUAGGCCCACACUCUCGCAUCGUUACUGAUGGUCUCAUCCACUCAGGCGAUAGUGCAGUCGAUGAGAGCAUCAUCACCGGCGAGAGCGCUCCAGUGACCAAAUCGAGCGGCGACAGCGUCAUCGCAGGCUCCAUGAACGGCUCAGGUACUCUCACGGUCAAGGUCACUCGCCUGCCUGGCGAGAAUAGCAUCACGGACAUUGCCAAUCUGGUCGAAAACGCACUUGCCGCCAAACCGCGAAUCCAAGAUCUGGCAGACAAAGUAGCGAGCUGGUUCAUACCCGCCGUGGUCGGGAUAGCUAUCGUUGUGUUCGCCAUCUGGAUUGGCGUUGCAUUGGAGAUCAGAAACGAUGAUGCUGGUGGUGCUGUGGGAACAGCCAUCACCUAUGCAAUUGCUGUCCUCGCCAUAUCAUGUCCUUGCGCAUUGGGCUUGGCAGUGCCGGUGGUACUGGUCAUUGCGGGUGGUGUCAGUGCCCGGGCGGGAGUCAUCAUCAAGGCCUCCGAUGCUUUGGAGCGGAGCUUCAAGGCCACAGACAUCGUCUUUGAUAAGACAGGAACCUUGACCACGGGCAAAUUGAGUGUUGUUAAGUCCGAGACGUUUGCCACGAAACUGGACGAUGCCACCACUACCGGUGUUCUCCGAGCAGUCUUGGAUGGCAGUCAGCAUCCCGUUGCUGAGGCAGUCGCAGCUUACACGGACUCUUUACCGAUCUCGAAAGCGUCUUUGGAGCAGAUACAGUCAGUCCCCGGCUCCGGCGUACAGGCGUUGUGGAAUGGAUCGAGCGUCAAAGCCGGCAAUCCAUUCUGGCUGAAUCUUGAGCAGGACGAAGUCGUUGCUGAUCUCCUUGCUCGCGCGAUGACAGUCCUUUGCCUGACCAUUGACGAUCGUCUGAUCGCCGUCUUCGGUCUGAAGAGUACACUCCGCGAGGAGGCGCACUCUGUGGUGGCCAAGCUUCAAGCCCAAGAUCUCACUUGCCACGUCGUCAGCGGUGACAACCCGAAAUCAGUAGCAGACGUCGCAGGGGCCGUUGGUAUCGAAGCCUCUUGUAUUGUGUCCCGCGCCUCGCCCGCGAAGAAACAACAAUACAUCGAGAACCUUCAACAAGCAGGCAAGACCGUGCUCUUUUGUGGUGACGGCACGAAUGACGCUAUAGCUGUCGCCCAAGCAGAUAUCGGUGUUCAAAUUGGCACAGCCUCUGAUCUGACCGGAGCUGCUGCCGACGUCGUACUGCUAGGUGGACUCGAUGGAAUCAUCAGCCUGCUGGACACGAGCAAGAAGGCUUUCAGGCGCAUCCAGUUCAACUUCAUCUGGACGGCUGUCUACAAUCUGUUUGCCAUCCUGCUCGCCGCAGGUGCCUUCGUCAAGUUUCGCAUCCCGCCAGCCUAUGCGGGACUUGGUGAGAUAGCGAGUGUUGGGCCCGUCAUUCUAGCUGCGGCGAGUCUUGCUUGGAGGCGCGGAUGA